GUAAUAUUUUGUUUUCAAAUCAGUCAUCGAAAUGAAUCGAACGAAAUUACUUGUAUUAAUUGCUGGGAUAGCGGCAGUGAUUAUAGCAGUUGUCGUUGUACUUUCGGUGCUGUUAACACGCCAAGGCAGCGAAAACGGAGAAAACAUAAAUGAUUACGUAAACACUUGCGAGCUUCCGAAAAAUGAACAACUGCCGUUCUGUGAUUCAAAUUUAGCAAUAAAUGCGCGCGUGGAUGACUUGGUUGGGCGAUUAACUAUAAAGGAGAAAAUAGACUUGCUCAUUAAUAGAGCAGUUGGUGCAUCUGAAAAUGUAGAUCUUCCGUAUUAUAAUUGGUGGAAUGAGGCGCUUCAUGGGGUGGCAAAUGACAUUUAUCCCAAUCUUGGAACACAUUUCCGACCACCAACAGAACAUUCAACAGUAUUCCCGCAAAUUAUCAGUCUUUCGUCUUCAUUUGAUCGGGAAUUAUUCUUUCGUAUGGCAAAUGUAACUGGCAAUGAAGCAAGAGCUUUUUAUAACGCCGGUAAUGCAGGAUUAACAUUCUGGAGUCCAAACAUUAAUAUCUAUAGAGAUCCACGUUGGGGAAGAGGCCAAGAGACUCCCGGCGAAGAUCCUUUCUUGAGUUCAGAAUAUGCACGCGUGUUCAUCAACGGACUUCAAGGAGAUGAACAAAGAGUUGGUUUCCUAAAAGUGUCCGCUUGUUGCAAGCAUUUUGCAGCGCACAGCAUCGAGGAAGAUCGGUAUUCUUUCGAUGCCGUUGUUGAUGAUCGAGAUAUGGCGGAUACAUAUUUACCAGCAUUCAAGGCAUGUGUUGAGAAUAAUGUCUCAUCGAUUAUGACGGCAUACAGUGCAAUAAAUGGUGUACCUGCCACGGCUCAUAAGGAGUAUAUAACUGACUUGAUCAGAGGUCAAUGGGGUUUUGACGGGUAUGUCGUUUCUGAUUGUGGUGCUGUUGUUAAUGUCUUUGAAGAUCACUUGUACACAAAUACUGAGUCCGAAACCUGUCAUGCAGUUCUUGAUGCCGGUGUGGACAUUGAAUGUGGCUUCGUAGAUAGUUUCUUUUUCGGUCGAUUUUUGCAAACCGCAUUCGAUGAAGGCAUCGUCACAGAAGCAUUGAUGGAUGCAGCUCUGAAAAACGGAUUCCGAGUGCUCAUGCGUUUGGGUUACUUUGAAAAAGAGGAAAACAGGCCAUACAAAGAAUUUCUACCGCAAGACAUUGACAACCAGUAUCAUCAGGAAUUGUCUCUGGUUGCGGCUCGAGAUAGUAUCGUGCUGUUGAAAAAUAAUGUAAAUAAUUCGCCGCUACUUCCUCUAAAUGCACAAAACUUUGGCGGUAGUUUUACGUCAUUGGCUUUAAUUGGACCACACGUGAAUGGAAGUGAUGUAUUUUUGGGCAAUUAUCAUGGAAUUCCUUCUUCAAUCAAAGUGCCUUUGGAUGAGAUUCAAAAGUUUGUUUCAAAUUUACAAUGGGAAUUGGGUUGUGACGUUGAAUCGAGCGAUGUGAAUCGUUUGAACGAAGCAGAAGAGCUGGCCCGAACUUCAUCGCAAGUGAUCCUCUUUGUUGGUAUCAAUACAGAGAUUGAAGGAGAAUUUGGAGAUCGUCAUGACAUUCUUCUACCCGGAUUACAACCAGAGUUGAUUAGUCGUGUUCUGAACAUGGCACAACGACCAGUGAUAUUAGUUCUAGUUUCUGGUGGAGCUAUCGAUUUGUCACUGUACAAAAAUGAUCCACGCGUUGGUGCAAUUGUUUGGGCUGGAUAUAUCGGUCAGUCAGCUGGUGAGGCUAUUGCUGAGGUCCUAUUCGGACAUCAUAAUCCUUCGGGUCGUCUUACGCAGACGUUUUACGACAGUUCAUAUCUUGGACAAGUUGAUAUCAAAGACAUGAACAUGAGGCCCGUAGGCGGAUCUGUUGGUCGUACUUAUCGUUUCUACACUGGAGAACCUGUUUAUCCAUUCGGUUAUGGUCUUUCUUACACUACUUUCGAGCACACAUUUUCUACAGCGGGUAAUGAGAUUGCAUUCUCACAGUUUUCAAGUAAUUGCGUUACUGUGCAGCUGAGUGUCAGAAAUGUCGGAUCGAUAUUUGGCGAUCAUUCGAUUCUAUGGUUCGUGGCACCACCAAAUGCUGGGGUGUCAGGUCGUCCAUUAAAAACUUUAGUUGAAUUUGAGAAGCUUCACAGCAUACCGCCUUCAGGAACGAGAAUCGUUGACAUUUGCUUGAGUAACAGAAUGUUUCAGUUAGCCAAUACAGAUGGUGAGUUUGAGAUUAUCACUGGUACAUGGACUCUGAUGGUUGAAGAUGAGAGCAGAAGCAUUAUUGUCACGUAAAUGUCAAGAGUGAGCCCAGAAAUGAACUUAUAAGAAAAGUUGUUGAAUGGAUUGGAGAAAAUAAAUGUGAAAAUUU